AAAAUAAAAAACUUUUGCGCUGCUUUAGAUAGUUUUGUAUUAACUGAAACACUGUAGACAAUAUCAAGUGUAUGGCUUGCUUUCGAAUGAUUUGUUUACUGCUAGUCGUAGGAUUGCUUCUGCUUACAGUUGGAUAUUUCAAGAUAAUGAGACAAGUUUCGCCCGGGCACUCGGGGAAACUUCUGGCAAGUUACAAGAAAACAGGCAAGUUAUACCCGCCCAAGUUGUCGAAAACUGCUGAUAAUGAAAGUACACCUGUGUCCAUCCAGUUGAAACCAGGAGUCUACAAGAGUACGACAACUGCCAAAGUAAAACACCCAAAGAUAGUAAAGCUUUCAUUAAACGAAACGUCAACAUUCAUUCAUGAAAAGCCGACAUCCACUGAUACGAUGGCAUCUCAAUUUGCACCGGAGGCGAUUAGAUAUUUGCAAAAUGAAUUAAACCGUAUACUCUAUCCACUUGAAAGUGUUAAAAAUAAACCGAUUAAAAUGGAAAUUAAAGCCAAAUGCAAACCGAAUUGUUUAACGAAGUUUUCUUACAAGUUAAAAAUCGAACACGACGACGACGAUGACUGAACAACAAUUUAUUUAUUUUUAGAUCAAAACUUGUCAAAAUCUAUUUUUGCGUUUUUGUUGUUUUUUUUCUACAUCUCCAAAAUCAAUGCUAUUAGUCGUUUACUCUCUGUUAUCGCUCCAUUUAUAGAACAUUAACUGCCUGUCCAGCAUCGUUUUAUAGCCAAAAACCAAAGCAGAUUUGUCAAAUUUUUACAGUUUCUUUUUUGGUACCCUUGCUUUGCCAUAUACUUUAAAUAAAUUUCGUACUACUACUACUGUAAAAAAGCAUUAGUCUUUUUCUGUUUGUAAUAUACAGUAAUAAAUCAAAUCACAAGUAUA